AUGGCGACGACAACAUGUGGCUAUGAACCGAUACGUAGCGGUGAUGUGAUUUUAUUCUAUAUUAAUCGCGAUGGACUUCCAUUAUCAGAUCGAUGUACCGAUCGUAUGUGGACUUUUUGUAUGGAACAAUAUCCUAAAAAUGCAUUACAAAUAAAAUCAAUACGUGAUCGAGUUUCUGAGUAUCCUUCAAUAGUAUAUGGUGAUCCACCUUAUAAUGUAGCGCCGAAUCCUCGUUUAACUGUUCAAGAAAAAUUACAACAGAUACAAACUUAUGUUCAACGUCUUGAAUAUAAUUAUACUGGUAUGCAGUUUUUUGAUCUGAACGCUAAUCGCCCAAUAUCUGGUUUAAUGGAUACAGCUCGACAUAUCAUGACAGAAUCAUUACCAAUAAAAUGUUUUGAAGCAUUUCUAAUUGCUAUUUAUUUAACAACGGGUAUUAUAGGUCUUGAACGUUUUAAUAUAUCAUUUAAAACACGUUUCAAUUCAAUUGUUUAUCGUCACAUUGUUCUUGGUGUUAAAUAUGGUCAAAUCUACGGUGGAUUAGGUUUAAGUCGUCGUACGGAUCUCGCAUAUAAACCAUUGAAUGGCAAAUACGAACGUUUAUCAACAUUGAUUGAUGAUUAUGUACAAGCAUAUAAAAAUUAUGGUCACACAGUUCUACGUAUUAGAAUCGGUUUACCUAUAAUUCAUGAUUUAAAAUCAUAUUUAACAAUAAACUGGAAUGCUAUUACAAUACAUCCAAAUAAAACUGGUAGAAUUGAUUAUGAACGUGAACUAGAUAAAAUUGUUCGUGUAUGGAGACAAAUGAAUAUUUAUGCAUCCUAUCGAUCAAAUGUCUCAUUAGCAUCAGUGGUACAACCAACAGGUAACAUUGUUACAGCGGCAUCAUUGCCAAAUCGUCUUCAAUCGCUUUCAUUUCGAUCAAAUCGUGAAGCAUCAUUUAAUUGUCGUCGAUCAGCUAUUAAGAAAACAGCAACAACAACCGAUGAUAGUCACGCAACUGAAAGAGAUCAAUCUCUUCCUUGUGCGAUUCGAGUUUAA